UUCUCUUCUUCUUCUAUAUUUUUCUUGUUUUUGUUAUUUAAUUCGUUGAAUCUGUCGGCGUGAUUUAUGUUAUUCUGCAAUUUCAUUUCUUACGGUUUUUUUUUUUUGUUGGGGACUAUUUCUCAGCUCUUACUUACUUCACAUCUCCUCGCAUUCUUUAUUCAUUUUGAUGCCCUUUCUGUCACGUCUCUCAUUAUUGACACUAACCGUCGCCUUUCUUUAUUUCCCUAUCCUUCAAUUUAUAUCAGGCUAUCUAUCACCCCUUAUUUUAUUCCAUUUUCGUUUUGAUAUUGGCCCGAAAUUAUUAGAUUCUGGCACGGCCAUCCACAAAAGCGGUUGUAAUUCGUUUUUCUGUUGCCCUUUUUCUCUCCCUUCCCUAAACAACCAGCACUCCCACAACGUUUCCCAACGCGCUACUUCUGGGCGCGUGUUUCCCUUCCCCACAACCCUCCUCCGAGGUUAGCUUCGCGCGCUCUUAUGGGCCCAGUCACCCCUCGUGUGCCUGUCCUCCUCCGGUUCUGCAGGUUUUUCCUUUUUCCUUUGGCGUCAAUUGCUGUGCAGAUUUUGCAGGUGUCGAGCUUGCGCACCGUACGCGUGUCCAGGAUGGGCCAUGUUUGACUGGGCCUUGCCGGUCCGCUUUCCGACAUUGUCCAGAGGCGUUGGUUUCCGAGAUCUGGACCCCUCCGCGACCGCUGUGGGCACCGGGCGUACAGGAUGUUGCCACGUGUUAGAAGAUCUGCCAAUGUGCCUGCAUAGGCCCUAGCUAACGACGCCGGUAGCCCUGGGUAAAAGGACAUUGACAUUUACCUACGAAACGGUUAGGAGGUGGUCGUAGUACUUCUGAAUUCUGAUAGUAGCAUGUUCCCUCAGCCACUUGCUUCGUUGCAGCCUCUGUUGCAUGCACUUUGCUUACCAGUGUCGAAUCCCUCACGAUACAUAUCUCUUGUUAAUUUUGGCCCCCCUCAUUGAUUGCUGGAUUGCGAAGUCUUUUUUUUUUUCCCCCUCAAAAUUGAUUCUGGAGAAGUGUGCAGCAUCUGGAGCCUGAAUAGAGAGGUGAAAAUACCGCCGAGCGGUUUGAUGGUUGCCUGGCUAGCUAAGAAUCUCUAUCUAUUCUUUCUUUCUUUUUUUGGCGGUGACUAAGAACUCCAUUCUAUAUCUUCUUACUAUAACACUACCAGGAUUCAUUAUAUAUAUUAUUACCUGUGAGUCUGUUUUCUCUCAAUCUUGUGUUCACUGGAUCAUCGACCGAGGAUCUGAGAGACCGUACCGGGGCCAAUAGUUUAUUGUUUGAACAGAGUAUUGACCUUGAUCAGUUAAUAUGUACCCACUGUCGUUUCAACCCUAGGCGGCUGUCCUUGUACGUAAACUUCCCAUAUCAGUCCAUUGUUCGUCCGUUCAAUACUUGUUGAUUGUGAUUAUAAUAUCUAGGUGAUGACCGGGGAGGCUUGACAUACAAGAAAAUCUUUCAGAUCCGCUCGGUGUCUUCAAGUAAUCAGCGUCGGAAAGAAUUGAAAAGAACUGGUACUGGAGAAUUACAGUGUCAAUAUGAAAUACAUGUUCCUUCUCAUUGUCACGUUCAAGAUUAUCAAGAAGAAGUUAAGCAAGCUGCAAGGGGCAAUGGGAUUCCAAACACCCAAUUCAAGCAAACCCAAACUGCAGCCGGUUACCAAACCCAUUUUGUCCUACGAUUCAUGGAUGGCGAGACAUCCUUCAGCGUUGCGUUCAUUUGAUAGACUGAUGAAAGCGGCAAGUGGGAAGGACAUGGUUGUGUUUUUAGACUACGAUGGCACCUUAUCACCUAUUGUGAAUGACCCUGAUUGUGCUUUUAUGUCUGAGGAGAUGCGUGCAGCAGUGUGCGAAGUUGCUAAAAAUUUCCCGACAGCAAUAAUUAGUGGAAGAAGCAGAGACAAGGUUAAAGGAUUUGUGAAGUUAAAUAAUGUGUAUUAUGCUGGAAGUCAUGGGAUGGAUAUUAUGGCACCAUCAAUGCCAGCUAGAUCCUCUGAUGGCGACCACUAUAACAUGGCCCUCGACACCACGAAAGAUAAUGGAGUUCCCUUUCAACCUGCAAAGAAAUUUUUGCCUGCAAUUAGAGAGAUAUUGAAAGUAUUAGAGAAUGAAAUAAAAGGCAUACAAGGUGCAAGGAUAGAGGACAAUGGAUUCUGCAUUUCUGUACACUUCCGGCAAGUGCAAGAAAAGGACUACCUUGAAUUAGAAGAGAAGGUGAAGUCUGUGCUCAAAAGACAUCAAGACUUUAGCUUAUCUGAGGGCAAAAAGGUUCUGGAAAUAAGGCCAUCCAUAGAAUGGAACAAAGGUCACGCCCUGGAAUAUUUUCUUGACACGCUAGGGUUAAGCAGUUCCAGCAAUAUCCUUCCAGUCUACAUUGGUGAUGAUCGAACCGAUGAAGAUGCUUUUAAGGUGAUACAGGAGAGAGGACAAGGUUAUCCAAUUAUAGUAUCUUCAAUUCCAAAGGACACACGAGCUCUGUACUCUCUGAGAGAUCCGUCAGAAGUGCUAAUUUUUCUGUCACGUCUGGCGAAAUGGAGGAAAACCAUUAUUGGCUCAAAUUAGCAGCAUGCCUCUGAAUUUUGGUUAAGGGGUAAAUUAAGUCAUGAAAUUGCGAUUUUUUUUUGGGGGCAGUGACUAACUUCUUUCCCACUGUAGAUUUUGAAAAAAGUGGGAUAGUUGUUAAUCUAUAUCUAGCAGCAGCUGGCUCAGAGUUGUAACUUGUAAGCUAAGUUUUUGUAUAUUUACUACAGCUUGUAAAUACGGUUCAAGAAAGAGAGUGUUGCUGCUCUUGCUGCUCCCUAGCUUUUAUCUCUCAGAAGCAGCGCAUUGAAAGACGCCUGUAAUUUGGACAUGCAAGUUUGCUUAAUUAUUAUUACUGGUGUUGAGU